AUGUGGGGGAACGAUGCCGUGCUGCGGAAACUGUCGGAGCUGCAGGUGGGCGAGAAGUGCUGCGUGGUGGGGACGCUCUUCAAGGCCAUGCAGCUCCAGCCCUCCAUCCUGCAGGAGAUCAGCGAGGAGCACAACCUGGUGCCUCAGCCGCCCCUGCCCAAGUACAUCCAACCCUCAGAUGAGCUGAUCCUGGAGGAUGAGCUGCAGCGGAUUAAGCUGGAAGGAGCCAUUGAUGUGCAGAGGCUGGUGACAGGGACCAUCGUGGCCGUGUACGGCUCCGAGCAGGACGAUGGCAGGUUCCUGGUAGAGGAUCACUGCUUCGCUGACCUGCCACCACCCCUGCCCUGGAACGGGCCCACCUCUGACCGGUUUGUGCUGCUGGCCUCAGGGCUGGGGCUGGGCAGUGGGAGCGGGGAGGCCCUGCUGAGCACCCAGCUGCUGGUGGAUGUAGUGACAGGGCAGCUGGGCGCCGAGGGCGAGCAAAGCUGUGCCGCCCACAUCUCCCGAGUCAUCCUGGCAGGGAACCUGCUGAGCCAGAACACGCAGAGCCGGGACACCAUCAACAAGGCCAAGUAUCUGACCAAGAAGACUCAGGCAGCAAGCGUGGAGGCCGUGAAGAUGCUGGAUGAGAUCCUGCUGCAGCUCUGCACCUCGGUGCCUGUGGAUGUGAUGCCCGGGGAGUUCGACCCCACCAACUACACGCUGCCACAGCAGCCACUGCACCGCUGCAUGCUGCCCCUGGCCAGCCCCUAUGCCACGCUCCACCUUGUCACCAACCCCUACCAGGCCAACCUGGAUGGUGUCAGGUUUUUGGGGACAUCAGGACAAAAUGUCAGUGACAUCUUCAAAUACAGCAGCAUGGAUGACUACCUGGAGAUCCUGGAGUGGACACUGCUGGCAGGACACAUCAGCCCCACAGCCCCGGACACCCUAGGCUGUUACCCGUUUUACAAAUCGGACCCGUUCAUCCUCACCGAGUGCCCUCACGUCUACUUCUGUGGGAACGCACCCCGCUUCCAGUCCAAACUGCUCCAAGGGGCAGAGGGGCAACGGGUGCUACUGGUGACAGUGCCCGACUUCAGCACCACGCAGACCGCCUGCCUCGUCAACCUGCGCAACCUCACCUGCCAGCCCAUCACCUUCUCCGGCUUUGGGGACGAGGACGAGGACGGGGACAUGGAAGUUGGGCACUGACCACAGGGAGGGCAUGGUCUCCAUUGCCCCCACCCCUCAGGGGGUCCUGGCACCGACCACCCUUAUCUGUCCUCUGGGAGGGGGGCACUGGAGGGACAAAAUGCUCAUACCAAUAUAACUUGAUUUAUUUGUGUAA